AGCCCACGAGCUCCAGGGGAGAAAGGGAAGGCUCUGGCCACCACUCCAGCACUCUCUUCAAACACGGAAUUGCUAUAGGCGGGUCUCAUAAGAUCUUGGACCUGGGUGGCUGCGUGCACCAGUGAGCCCACGAAGGCCGCAGAUCGAAACACAGAACUUGAAGCUGCACUUGCAGCAGCGAGGCUUCAUCGGGCAGCACCCCGGAGCUUUGGCCGUUUCGCUCCUUCCUGACCACAAGGAAUAAUUUGAGCAAGAUUUUAGCUCAGACGAUUAACUCGGGAUUUCUUACCAGCUAUCGGUUUCUGGUUUCUAGGCCAUGGGCGAUAAAUCGGCAGAGGUGCAAAGCCUCAUCCGAACUAUCCAAGUACCGGCCAUUUCAAAGGCCGUCCUUCAGUCCAUCUGCGCCGUGAAUGGCAUCCCAAAGACUGGAAACAAAAGCGACUUGCAGAGACGAAUCAUCCAGCAAAUCAACUCAUGUAGCGACUCUCGGGACUGGGAACGGCUACAGGAAAUUCGCGAGAGCAUAGUGAAGAGGGCACCGAUUUAUGUGGGACCCUCACUCGUCAAUCAGACUCAACCGCAGUCGCACUCUCAACCACAACCGCCGGGCCCAGUCGCCAUCCGGUCACAGCCAUUACCUCAAUCCUCCUACUUAUCACAGGCCGCACGGGAUUAUACUCCUCCCAACUAUGCCAUGGGCUCUUACAACACACCCGGCUACGGCGGCCUCAACGGGCUGAGAUCGUCCAAUGCAGCGCCCGCUCCUUAUCAAGCGUCCCCAGGGGUGCCAGCAGCUCGGUCGCGCCCGAAUGCCGGGCUGCUCGCGCCGACUAUUACUUACAAACCCAGUCCGUUCUACGAGAUGAAAUACCAGAUCGGCGAUGUCAAGACUCUGGAAGUCAUGACGGCGCACCGCAACUCGGAGCGCAUCUCGGUGAGGGUACAGGAUCAGCCGGCUGUGCAGCUGUGCCUUUCGGACCGGACCAUGCGAGUCAUGGUUUUCUGCGCAGCCGGAAAUUCCGGAGUCCAAGAGAUCGCAUUCCCGUACCAGUGCGAACUGAAGGUGAACGGCGGGGACAUCAAGGCGAAUCUUCGGGGCCUGAAGAACAAACCCGGGUCUACUAGACCGGUUGACAUCACGGACUCGUUGCGCCUGCGGCCUGCCAGCUACACCAACAACGUGGAGCUCACCUACGCCCUGACUCAGAAGGUAGGCGGCGCGUCCCAGAAGAAGGGCUUAGAGAAGUUCUACCUCAGCUUGAUCGUCUGCAAAUCCGUGCCCGUCGAGACACUGGUUUUGCAGAUCCAGAAGAAGAUUCGCAAAGAAUCCGUCUUUGCCGAAAUAACCAAAAAGGCCAAUGACGACGACGUAGUCGCAACGUCGCAGAAUCUGAGCCUUAAGUGUCCUCUUUCUUACAUGAGGCUCCAGUUGCCGUGUCGUGGCGUCAGCUGUAACCAUAUCCAAUGUUUUGAUGCGACAUCUUACCUGCAGCUGCAGGAACAGGGGCCGCAAUGGAUGUGUCCCAUCUGCAGCAAACCCACGCCGUUUGAGCAACUAGCCAUCGACGAGUACGCGCGGGACAUCCUGACGCAGACGCCCGAGUCUGUUGAGCAGGUCACGAUUGAGCCGAACGGCGAGUGGGCCGUGCCGGGCGCCAAGAAGCAGGCAACGCCCAACCGCCAGGAAGCCAGCUUUGUCGACGACGAUGAUAUCGUGAUCUCGGAAAUCACUAGAACUGGAGGCAGGAGCACGGCGGCGCCCAGUCUGCCGCCCGCGCCCACGCCACAUCUUGCCACGCCUACCAGCGUCGCAUCGCGUGAUACGUCUGCCGCCCCCAGGUCGUCGAACAAGCGGACGGCCGACGAGGUUAUUGAUCUGACGCUGGACGACAGCGACGACGAGCCGCCUCCGCCCAAGCGCCCGAACCAUGGCAACCCCGGACAUUCCUGGGUCUCGCGCUAGCAGCACGGGACCCCGUCUAAGAGAGCACGCCGCUAGGCUACGGUACGGCUUUAAGAGUAGGGGGCAUGCACCGUGGGAGGAUCGAUUGCAUGGGUUCGCUUCUUCUUCUUUAUGGCAUGAUCUCGCAGCAUUUGCACUCCGGUUGGAGGGGAGGCAUUGGUGGGCGUUGGAGGGUUCAUCUACAUUACUGUGAUCACAGAUCAGGUGUAAACGGCGCAGUUUCCCGGGCCUAACAAUCCGGGGAGGAAAGGAAUUGUGAUCUUGAUGCUUUUUCCAGGGCAGGGCCUGAUACCUUGGUUCCGGAGACCUAUACAUCCCGUCUUGGGUUUGACUGUCAGCACCAAUGCAAUGAAUUAUCAAAUCAACAAAGUGUACAUAGUAAUCGAGUGC